UUUCAUGCAAAAUCAAAACUCGUUUUAAAUUUAAACGGAGAACCGGUGCUUAAUCUCGCCAUAUGAAUAGUUAGUGCGGCGAGCUACUUUCUGGAAGUGAGAAGUCAUACCCAAGUUUCAAUAAUCUUUCUCUGAAAUUUUAAUUUUGUGCCACAGCUUUAUUGGGGCCCAUCUGAUGCUUACAGCAGCAAGCUUCAAUCGAUGCCUUUUUAAAAUACUUUUCAAGCUCAGGUCAACAAUUCUAAUCAUUUUCUCUGAUCUACUUGAGCAAGAACUAGAACUUAGAAAAAAUGACUAUGCAGAAAACUAGCGAAACUGCAACUGCGCCUGUUUUGGAUUUCAGCGAGCUUUCUCUGGACGUCGAUGAUGCUGAUUUAAAAGCGGAUUCCAUUCAAGACAUAACCAAACAAGUUAUGGAUAUGCUCAGCACCACUGGAUAUCUCUAUCUAAAGAACACUGGUUUGAAAGUUGAGGAGAUAAAAGAGUUUAAUAAAGUGAUGCGUGAUUUCUUUGAGCAGCCCGAAGAAACCAAGGGAAAAGUUAACGGAGAGUUUGGAUGGAAUCGGAAACACGGCUGGAUACGGCAAGAAAUAUUCAACGAUGUAGCGGACUGGAAGGAAGCGUUCAACGUGGUCAUUGGCGAAGUCAUUCGUCUGGGGUUGACUUGGCCCAACGAGGAGUUCCGAGUUGCGAUGGAACAAAUGUUCGGCCGAUUGAAAGUGCUAGCUCUCCGAUUCCUGACUGUUCUUGCUUUAGGUUUCGGACAAAAGGCUAACUUUUUUACGGAUAUGCACAAGCAGCUGGGAUCAAUUGGAAACAGCAGCUUAGUUCGAUGUGUGUACUACCCACAGAUGCGGCAGAGCGACUUGUACAAUGUCAAACCCGGUCAACUGAGACACGGAGAUCAUUGUGAUUUCGGAAGUGUUACUUUAUUGGUUUCUGAAGAUUUUCGAGGACUCCAGUUGCAAAAUCACGAUGGAAACUUUGUGGACAUAGCUAAAGUUGAAGACCCAACGUAUGUGCUUGUUAUUAUUGGAACCAUUCUUCAGAGGUGGACGGACGAUGAAAUAAUUGCACCCAGACACCACGUAGUUUUCAAUGAAUUAACGCCACAUAGAACUACUGAAGGAACCGAAGACCCAAUCCGAGUUGCUAAGAGACAGUCAUUUGGUCUGUUUGUGAACCCAGACAAUGGUGCUAUGGUGCAAUCAUUCAAAGGGAAAACAAAAUACAAACCAAUAAAAGCUCUCGAUUACCUCAACAAAGAAUGUUGCAAGAUUAACAAGCCCUGAAUAGAAGCAACGAAGAGACAACAGAUUCCUUGCAUAAUGGCUGUAAAGACUGUGAAUUUAAUAUUUUUUUACUUAUGUAUAGUUUAAUGAUAAUAGAAGUU